AUGAACCUGUUGAUCCCAGUGGAGAGACUUUUGGAUGACCCCCAAUACGACAGCGAGCGACCAAACAAAAAGCAGAAGCGCUCAGAUCGGGAGUCAGAGGCAACCUCUGCUGUUCUGAAUGGAGCGCUCCAAGAGCUGAUAUAUGCGACAAACAGCAUACACAAAAUAGGGGGGGUUGAUAAUACGGGAGCGAAUAGCUGA